CAAAGGCAAGCGUUAGCGCGUCGGAGCAGACAUUAUACUGCUGCUACAAUAAGUGUUGCAUGGUUUUGACUAGACGUUUAUGUUCAGUGUACAUGUAUUAUAGUUAUAUAAUCAUAAACGUAAGUGUGCUGUUGCAAUCUGUUGUAAGACUGUCGCUCCUAGUUAGCACGACCAGCUGAAAGUGUAUAUCGAAACUAAGUCAUGCUAAAACCUUGAACCCACUUAUAUUAAAAGGUAGGCCUGCCUACACCGAAUAAAAAAUAGCAUCUGGACCUUGCCUUUUCCAUAGUCCAACAUCUGCCACUGCUAGAAAUGCUGGCUAACAAAGUGGGCAAACAGCUGGGUCACCCCACGUAUUCUUUAACUGGAUGGUUGGUGACCAAGUUCUUUAAAUGGCAAAAUCAGAUUUUGGAGGAGAAUGCAGUGAAACUGUGCAACAUACAACCAAACGACACGGUGCUGGAGCUCGGUCACGGGCCGGGCUUCGGUCUGCAGGCGGCGGCGCAGCUCCUCACGGCUCCGGAGGGGAAACUGCUCGGUGUGGAUUACUCUCAGUACAUGCAUGAGAUGGCCAGUAAGCACAUGAAGGAGCAGAUCUCCAGAGGGAAGGCUGUGUUGUAUUGCAGUGAUUUGGUGGCCAUGCCGAUCGAGGAAAGCACGGUUGACAAGGUGUUUCACUGCAACUGUUAUUACUUCUGGCCGGAUCUGAAAGCAGGAGCGCGAGCGAUUCACAGAGUGAUGAAACCAGGUGGAACUAUGGUUACAGCUCUCAGGCUAGAAAGUGUUAAAAAAGCAGCCUCGAAGAACAUGUUUAGCGGGGAGAGCUGGCGUCCUGAGGUCUACAUGGAGGCACUGCAGUCCGUUGGAUUCACAGAUGUCCGAAUGGAGAAUAAAAGAGAGAAACUCAUCACAUUUCAAGCUAUUUUUGCCACUGCUGUUAAAUAAAUACCUGUGAAAUGUAAUGUAUGCCCUUCCACACUUUUAUGAUUGAAUCUGAAGUAGAUAAAUCAAACAAGAGUAAAUAUUGCCAAUGACAUUAUGCAUUAUAUCUAUAUGAGGUGCAAACAUUUCUCAAACAAUAACAAAAAUAGCUAACAAAACCAUUGUUUUGACCAACAUAAUGUAUUAUGGAAAAUUUAAACCACAAAUUGUAAAUAAAAAAAAGUAUAUAAUAAAAAUGUUAUUUUUA